AUCAGCCUGGCAGCCAUGGCUGCUUAUCCAUCGCCGCUGAAUUUUCUUUCUCCUUCACAACAUCUCUACCUUCACAAUCCACUCUUACCAACCCAUUCUCCUACAAGUGUCAGAACUCUAAGGUUCAAACUCUACUGUUCUUCUCAAACAACCCACUCUGAAAUAAGAUACACUACUCCCACAAGGAAGAAGAGAAAGCCUAGGCCAAGCUUCCUAGAAAAAAUUCAAGAAAAAUGGUCUGUAAAACCCACUUCCUCGAGACAAAACUUCCCUUGGCAAGAACAAAAAUCGGAGCUAACAGUCGAAGAAAUUUCAGAGCCUGGGCUGCAAUGUUUUGCGAAUGGAACUGAAAAUGAAAAAGAAAAAGUAGAAGUUAGUGACUCAGUGAGUAGUAGUAAUUCAAGAAUUGAGGUAAAGCUUCCUCCCUGGGCUCAUGGAGCCCUGCCCAGAGAACAUUUGUUUAGUUCUGAUGCUAGAAUUUUAGAAGACACUGAGAAGGAAAGGAUAAAUGUUAGUGGAUUUAUUGAGACUUUCGAAAAUGGUGAUUCUGAUUCUGAUUCUGAUAGUCGUUUUCAAGACCUGAAAGCCUUAGUUGAAGAGGUGAGUUCUGAUUCUGAAGUGGUUGAAACUGAUAAGUUUGAUGCAAAUUUUACCUCAAAUGGUAUUAUUUCACAAAAAAGUGAAACAUUGGUUCAAGGCUUUCCCUUUAGUGGGAAUUUCUCUAGCACUGUUCAAGAACCCAAUUUUGAUGGUGAAAGUGAAGAUGAAGUUAAACUUGAAGGAUUUCAGACUUACAAAGGCACCUACUUAAAAGAGAACUCAUCUAAGGUUUUUAACAACUCUGUCAAUGUUAGGGGCUUUAAUGAUCCUAAUGAUUUGUUGAGAUUGCCUUGGGAAGGAGGCAAUAAAUAUGUAGGGAAAGAGAAGCUAGGAAUGAGCAAUACACAGGUAGCAGAGAAAUCAGUACCUGAGCUUGAGCUGAAGAGACUUAGAAAUGUGGCUUUGAGGAUGUACGAAAGAAUAAAGGUUGGAGCAGCUGGUAUAACACAGGCAUUGGUGGAUUCUAUUCAUGAGAAAUGGAAGGAGGAUGAGAUUGUGAAAUUGAAGUUUGAAGGUCCUCAGUCACAUAACAUGAAGAGGACACAUGAGAUGCUUGAGGCUAAAACAGGAGGAUUGGUGAUUUGGAGAUCAGGCAGUUCAAUAGUGAUAUACAGAGGACUAUCAUAUGCAUUUGAUUGUGUAAAAUCAUUUGUUAAACAAAAUCAAGCUAAUUUGGAUACAUUAGAAUCGUCUCGAGAUUUGGUGGAUAAUAGUGGAAUUAAAUAUUUGAAUGGAGUAGAUGGAACAUCAAAGUCUUAUUCGAAUGGUCUAACAGAAGAAGAAAAGAUGGAUUUAAGUGAGCUCAAUCUUCUUUUGGAUGAGCUCGGCCCGCGUUUUGAAGAUUGGAAUGGUCGUUAUCCUCUUCCCGUGGAUGCAGAUUUAUUGCCUGCUGUUAUUCCUGGAUAUAAACCUCCUUUCAGACGUCUCCCUUAUGAUGUUAGACAGAAUUUAAGAGACAGAGAAAUGACAUACUUUCGCAGGACAGCGCGAGGGAUGCCCCCACAUUUUGCGCUUGGAAGAAACCGAGAGCUGCAAGGUCUGGCUGCUGCAAUGGUGAAGCUAUGGGAAAGAAACGCUAUUGCAAAGAUUGCCAUCAAACGUGGUGUGCAUAAUACAUGCAAUGAAAGGAUGGCAGAAGAACUCAAGGUGUUGACUGGAGGAACACUCUUAUCUCGCAAUAAGGACUAUAUAGUCUUUUAUAGGGGUAAUGACUUCUUGGCACCUGCUGUUACAGAAGCGUUAAAAGAAGCAGAGACACGGAAUACUCUUCAACAAGAACAGGAAGAACAAGCACGACAGGCAGCAGCAACCUCUAUUGUUUCAAACCAUACGGCUGCUAAAAGGCCAUUUGUUGCAGGAACCCUUGCUGAGACCAUAGCAGCAACUUCACGCUGGGCUAACCCACCCAGUAAUCAAGAGAUGGAGAAAAUGAUGAAAGAUUCAGCUGAAGCUAGGCAUGCUACUCUGAUCAGAUUUCUUGAACACAAGCUGGCUCUUGCAAAUAGGAAAGUGAAAAAGGCGGAGAGGGCUUUACAAAAGUUGCAGAAGAAUCUGGAACCAGCUGAGCUGCCAACUGAUUUGGAAACGUUAACUUCUGAAGAGAGGUUUUUAUUCCGUAAAAUGGGUCUGAGCAUGAAACCUUUUUUGGUUCUAGGGAGGCGAGAGGUUUUUGAUGGCACCAUACAAAACAUUCAUUUACACUGGAAGUACCGGGAGUUGGUAAAAAUCAAUGUAGAACGAAAAACCUUUUCACAAGUGAAACAUUUAGCAAUUAGCCUUGAGGCUGAAAGUGGUGGGGUUCUAGUAUCUAUUGACAAAACUACUCGAGGCCAUGCAAUUAUCCUCUAUCGAGGCAAGAAUUAUCAGCGACCCAGUGAAUUCAGACCUAAAAAUCUUCUAACAAGGAGGCAGGCAUUGGCACGUUCAAUAGAACUUCAAAGAAGGGAGGUACUUAAUGUUGUUGUAACUCUUCUUUAUUUCCAGGAUAAUUUUCUAUAGUAUUUAUUGUGUUAGGUCUCAUUCUUUGAGCCGCUAUAAAUUGAUCACAAAUCUGUUUAUUUAUGCAUUCCAGGCACUAAAACCCCUUUUCCA